GUUCGGGACGGGGCGGGACCCCAUGUCUGAUGCCUUGGCCGGACUGAAAUCCAUACGUGACUACGGAUCUGAUGGGGAGGAAGACCGCUUAGAGUCUGACGGCCUUGUUGAGAUCCCAAAAUCGUCUCAUGGGCUCUUCACGACGGAGCCUCCUCCAUCACCAGACACUUUAUGGCAUUGGUUGAGGGCCCAAGGGAUCGAAGUCUCUGAUCAUGUGAAGGUCAAAGAGUCGGAAACUUCAGGAUGGGGUCUACUGGCUACAGAUGAUCUGGCAGAAUUCCAUGUCUUAUGUCGCAUUCCAAAAACCGCAAUCCUGUCACUGAGAACGACAUCCCUCAAGCUGCCAACCUCGACCCCAACUUACGAUCCUAGGUCGACUCACUCAGUAUGGUUCCUCGCGCUUGCCCUCUUACACGAGUUUCGGCUAGGAAGGGAGUCGCGAUUCUACGAAUACAUUCAGAGUUUGCCGAGAGACACGUUGCGCUUACCGAUAUGCUGGGACGUCAAAGAGCUCUGUGGUCGGGAUGGUCAGGUAGCCUUGGAGAUUCUGCGAGGCUCAGACGUUGAUCGAAGCCUGAGACGGCAGAGGAUCCGGGGCAAAGGACUGACCGAUUUGGAAUCCUUCUAUGAAUUGUACGCCAAACUUCUUCCUCCCACAGCGAGUCAUCCAGCACGCAGCCCUUUUAUCGACUACAUUCAUUGUUUUUGCCUGGUCUCGUCUCGAGCUUUCGUCAUCGACGUGUAUCAUACUCUGGCUCUGUGCCCUUUUGCCGAUUUGCUCAACCACUCUGAAUCAUCUCACACAUCGCUCUCCUCCGACGACUUUGUUUGCGGGACAUGCGGCUCUUUGAGGACCUGCUCCCAUGAUCGUUUCAAUACCUCGGGUAGACCUUAUCGACUCGACCACCUCUCUGGCAAUGCGAUUCGCAGGCUACACGAGGAGGUAGACACGGUCGACCUGCUUGUCGAAGUUCCCAUGGUGCAUUUAGGCGAGGAGAUUUUCAACUCUUACGGACCAAGUCUGAGCUCAAGUCAGCUACUGACAGAAUGGGGAUACCUCGAUGCCGAGAGACAUGGCCUCAUUCAUUUCGAUCUUGAGGACAUUGGUGGCAGCCCUCAACUUCACGGUAUCUGUCUGUCAGUACUCGCCUAUCUCGCCGAGCCAGACGCUUCCGAGCAUUGCGGUUCUGAAUACAUCAGAUUUCCUUCUCUGGACCCCCCAGGGUUGAUGGGCGUUCACCGGCAGUCCGGCAAGAUCACUCAGGCUAUGUGGAGCCAAGUGUACAUGUCCGUCUCGCCGGCCGAUGCAGUCAAAGUCGACCCGACCUCGAUCUGCAAGGAGAGUCUGUUGUCUCGGUCCUUGUCAGUCUGGGGAGACCAAGAAGGAAUCAAAGAGCACCAGCAGACCACCAGCGUCACUUGUAAGAUGGCAAUUCGGAGAGUCAUCGGGAUACUCAACGCGCGGCUCCAGGGCAUGUCUCGAAGUGAGAAAAUGUCACCGGUUGGUCCUUUGUCAAGGAUGGCUCGUAAAUAUGUUGAGGGAGAGGAGCGCGAAUUGAAACUGGCUGUCGAAAAGUGGAAAAGUUUGCCCGCUAGCUGGACAGAGUGAUCGACUCGUGGCG